UCUCUUUUCCGUCAUGACGAAACAUGCAUCAACGUCUACAACGUACGUGGGGCACUACAGUCUCGCUCGAUACCCCGUCCUCACGGCCGCAGCGUCAGCAAUGGCGCCGUCGUCGUCGCUCUACUCCUCCGGCCGCCUCCUCUCGUCCCGCCCGGCGUCCAAGGGGCUCGUACGUGGUCUCCUCACUCGCGACGGGAGCAGGUGGGUCAGGCCGUCGUGCUCCCUGUCCAUGAACGGCUGCACGGCCGACGCCGGCGACCAGGGCGCGGUGACCACGCGCGAGACGCGGGCCCUGCCGGCCGCGUCGGCGCCGCAGGAGGCCGUGGGACAGCUCAGAGCCGCCGUCGCCGCGCUCAACGCCGACCCGCCGGUGUCCUCCUCCGGCAUCAUCCGCCUCGAGGUGCCGAUUCGGCAGCGAGGGGACGCCAUCGAGUGGCUGCACGCGCAGACGCAGAGCUCCCUGCCCCGCUGCUUCUUCUCCGCCCGGGCGCCGCUGCCGGACACGCCGGCCAUUGCCGUGGGCAGCAGCAACGGCAACGGUGGCCACAAGGAGCAGUGGGAGCAGCCGGUGAGCGUCGCCGGCUUGGGGUCGGCGGUCUUCUUCCGCGGCACGGACGCCUUCUCCGUCCGCGACUGGCGAGCCAUCAAGAGAUUUCUUCCAAGGGAUUGCCCGCUGAUCCGCGCGUACGGCGCCAUCCGUUUCGAUGCGUCGAGUGACGCCUCGGUCGAAUGGGAGGAUUAUGGCGCGUUCUACUUCGUUGUUCCACAAGUUGAGUUCAGUGAGCUCGAGGAGGGCUCGGUUCUCGCGACGACGAUCGCGUGGGACGACUCGCUUUCUUGGACAUGGCAGAGCGCUGUGGACGAGCUCCAGUCAACAUUGCACGAGAUAUCACCCUGUUCAGUUAAGGUGAACAGGUCCACCCUACAAACCGCCAUCGUAAAUCUCAAUCAUGUCCCCACCAAGGCGUCCUGGGAUCUUGCGGUUACUCAAGCUCUUCGGAUGAUCAAAGGGAGCCAAACGGAAUUAGUCAAGGUUGUGCUGGCAAGGUGCAGCAGGUACAUCACUGAUACUUGCAUCGACCCUCUGGAGCUGUUAGCUUGUCUGAAGGUUGAGGGCCAGAAUGCCUAUCAGUUCUGCAUACAGCCACCUGACGCUCCUGCAUUUGUUGGAAAUAGUCCAGAGCAACUAUUUCACCGGAAAUACUUGAAGAUUUCCAGCGAGGCUUUAGCCGGCACGCGAGCAAGAGGGAAAACAAGGGCCGAUGAUUUUAAAAUUGGCCAGGAUUUGCUUCUAAGCAUCAAAGAGGACACUGAAUUUACUAUAGUACGGGAAAACAUAAAGAAGAAGCUUGAGAUGAUAUGUGAUGAGGUUGUUGUCAAUCCCAGCAAGGCCCUUCGGAAACUUCCAAGAGUACAACAUUUGUCAGCUCAAUUAGCUGCAAGAUUAAGAAAUGAGGACGACGAGUUUGACAUCCUAAAUGCUCUUCAUCCAAGCCCAGCUGUUUGUGGCUUGCCCACUGAAGAAGCGCGCCAAUUCAUACGAGAUUAUGAAAUUUUCGACCGUGGAAUGUAUGCUGGACCUGUUGGUUGGUUUGGUGGGGCUGAAAGUGAGUUUGCUGUUGGGAUUAGAUCAGCACUACUUGGAAAAGGAUAUAGCACUUUAGUUUAUGCCGGUGCCGGGAUUGUCGAAGGUACAAAUCCAUCUUUUGAAUGGGAUGAGCUUGAUCUCAAAGCAUCUCAGUUUGCAAAGUUGUUGAAGUAUCAAGAACAUCAUAUUUUCUACCAAGAGGCAGGAAACAUGGGGACAUUGAUUUGAACUGUAACUAAUAAGUCAUCAGAGAUUACAAUGCUUAGAAAGAGGGAAGUUUUGAUUUGAUGGGAAGAUUCUAAAUGGAGUUCGUCGGUUUGUGUGUGUGCGUAGUAAACUUGAAAGGAUUUCAGCCUGAUUUGCAUGGCUCCUGAAGAUGCAAUCACAAAAAUAUCGAUUCGAGGAGAUGACAGUGAUGAUAGUCGUGGAGCGUACAAAAGAUUAAAUAAAAGCAUAUUAGAUAAUUAUGUACAAUGAUUGUAACAAACCAGUUUAGUGCAAGUGUAUAUUACCAUUCUUUUGAGUUCUUCUCCGGCCUGGUUGUUCAAUUGCUUAUAUGAUCUGGAUGCUUCUUGUUGCAA